UGGGCCCGGCACCCCCCUCACCCCCCAGCGCCCCGAGGAAGAGCUCCGGGCAGCCGGGAAGCGGCGCGCCCUGGAGCCACAACUGGCUGAGCGGGCGCGCGCGUGUCACUAAGACGCUCAUUCACCAGCGCAGCUGUCACCAUAACAACCGGAGCGAGGGAAUCCUGGCGACGGCGGGGGGCGAGGGGCGGGGGCGGCGGCGGCUGGAGCGGCGGCCGGAGGAGACCCACCACCAAGGGAGCGCCCAGCACUCUCCGCGCUCCCGGGAGCCCCGCUCCAUGCAGACCGCCCGGCGGUAGGACGCCACGCACAACACCGCAGCGGCCGUCCCCGCGGGCGGGGACCAAGCCUGCCGCCCAGCCGCCGAGCCGCCAAGCCGCGAGCCGCCGGGCAGGCCGAGCCUCUGAGCUCCCGCGCCAGGAGCCCUGACUCUAUGGCCCCGGGGGAGCGCGCGGGAGCCGUCGCGCCGCCCCCCGCCAGCCCGAACCCGAACGCGAGCCAGAGGAAGUGGGGAGCCCCGGGCGCCGUGGGCCCCGACCCAGGGGCCUGCCCGCGGCCCCGGUCCCCGCCGUAGGCGAUGGCAGGCAGGUAGACGGCUCGCGCGAGGACCCCCGAGGUGGGCUGGACCCGAGGAGGACCGCGGAACCCGGAGCCAAGAAGAAGAGCAGCCCGCCUGCCCCCGGCCGCAGCCUCACCAGGGCCCUCCCCCGGCGGCGCGCGCCCGCGCGCGCACACACACUUGCACUGUGCCUCCGCUCCAGCCCAGCCUCGUCUGGCCCCCACGAGCGCCGAACCCCCUGGGGCCGGAUGCCAUGGGUAACAACUUCUCCAGUAUCCCCUCUCUGCCCCGAGGAAACCCGAGCCGGCCGCCGCGGGGCCACCCCCAAAACCUCAAAGACUCCAUCGGGGGUUCCUUCCCUGUCACGUCUCACCGAUGCCACCACAAGCAGAAGCACUGCCCGCCGGUGCUACCCGGCGGGGUGCUCCUGGCCACGCCGCUGCUUUUCCAUCCACACACCAAGGGCUCCCAGAUCCUCAUGGACCUCAGCCACAAGGCGGUCAAGAGGCAGGCCAGCUUCUGCAAUGCCAUCACCUUCAGUAACCGCCCGGUCCUCAUCUACGAGCAAGUCAGGCUGAAGAUCACCAAGAAGCAGUGCUGCUGGAGUGGGGCGCUGCGCCUGGGCUUUACAAGCAAGGACCCCUCCCGCAUCCACCCUGACUCGCUGCCCAAGUACGCCUGCCCCGACCUGGUCUCCCAGAGCGGCUUCUGGGCCAAGGCGCUGCCCGAGGAAUUUGCCAACGAGGGCAACAUCAUCGCCUUCUGGGUGGACAAGAAGGGCCGUGUGUUUUACCGCAUCAACGACUCGGCUGCCAUGCUCUUCCUCAAUGGGGUCCGCACGGCAGACCCACUCUGGGCCCUGGUGGACGUCUACGGCCUCACGCGGGGUGUCCAGCUGCUUGACAGCGAGCUCGUGCUGCCCGACUGCCUGCGGCCCCGCUCCUUCACCGCCCUGCGGAGGCCGUCGCUGCGGCGCGAGGCCGACGACGCGCGCCUCUCGGUGAGCCUGUGCGACCUCAACGUGCCGGCGGGGGAAGGCGAGGAGGCCACGCAGGCCGCGGGCUGCCCCAUCCCGCAGAACUCGCUCAACUCGCAGCACAGCCGCGCGCUCCCCGCGCAGCUCGACGGCGACCUGCGCUUCCACCCGCUGCGCGCCGGCGCGCACGUCCGGAUCCUGGACGAGCAGACGGUGGCGCGCCUGGAGCACGGGCGCGACGAGCGCGCGCUCGUCUUCACCAGCCGGCCGGUGCGCGUGGCCGAGACCGUCUUCGUCAAGGUCACGCGCUCCAGCGGCGCCCGGCCGGGCGCGCUCUCCUUUGGCGUCACCACGUGCGACCCCGGCACGCUGCGGCCCGCGGACCUGCCCUUCAGCACGGAGGCCCUGGUGGACCGCAAGGAGUUCUGGGCCGUGUGCCGCGUGCCCGGGCCCCUGCAGAGCGGCGACAUCCUGGGCCUGGUGGUCAACGCCGAGGGCGAGCUGCACCUGAGCCACAAUGGCGCCGCCGCGGGCAUGCAGCUGUGCGUGGACGCCUCGCAGCCCCUGUGGAUGCUCUUCGGUCUGCAUGGAGCCAUCACGCAGAUCCGCCUCCUCGGCUCCACCAUCCUGGCAGAGCGGGGCAUCCCGUCACUUCCCUGCUCCCCCGCCUCCACACCAACCUCGCCCAGUGCCCUGGGCAGCCGCCUCUCUGACCCCUUGCUCAGCACCUGCAGCUCGGGACCUCUGGGGAGCUCUGCUGGCGGGACAGCCCCCAACUCGCCGGUGAGCUUGCCCGAGUCGCCAGUGACCCCAGGCACGGGCCAGUGGAGUGAUGAGUGCACCAUUUGCUAUGAGCACGCAGUGGACACGGUCAUCUACACAUGUGGCCACAUGUGCCUCUGCUAUGCCUGUGGCCUGCGCCUCAAGAAGGCUCUGCACGCCUGCUGCCCCAUCUGCCGCCGCCCCAUCAAGGACAUCAUCAAGACGUACCGGAGCUCCUAGCCCGGCGCGCCCACCCCUCGCGCCGCCUCCUCGGACUGCAGCCCAGCGCCAGCAGAGGGGCAAGCCACGGGGCCCUUCUCUUCUUCCUCAUUUUGGAAACUCUCUUCCCUUCUCCAUUAAACUUGGGAAACUGAGGUCCCUCAAAGUUUGGGGAGGAAAGGGGUAGCAUACAGGUUUGGGGCGGGGGGGAGGGAGGGCAGAAGCAGAUCGCCCGGCAGAGGGGAGGGGAGGAGUCUGCACUUUGUCUGCCUCUCCCUUCUCUGUGCUCAGCUCUUCCCUUCAUGCUGAGGGACUAAACUGGGGGCUCCGCCUGUUCUACCCCCUCCCCAUCUGGGACCGACUUCUAGCCCGUGUGGCACCUUUGUGAGAAUUAGAAAGUGCGUCCCUUCCACUGGGCAGAUGUGGCCCUGGGCCGGGGCGUGUGGCUUGGCUAGUGGAGUGUGGACUGGACAUCAGUUUGCUCCCUCUGCCAGCUGCCCUGGAGCGGUACACAGCCAGCUUGGCAGCAGCCCUGGGCAGGUGGCCCCCGAGCUGCUGCCCUACUCUGACCUGCUCUCACCUUCUCCCUCUCCUCCCGCCCCCUGAGCCCGGCAGCCAGGGGCAGGAAGGCCAGCAGGUACCUCUCCCAGACUGGCCGCAGGGGGCUCUAGGGUCUAAGUGUCUGGCCCCGUGCCCCGGCAGAGAUGCAGCGGCCCGUUUCCUGGCCGUAGCCUUUCUGCCCCAAUCAUCUCGCCCCUUGGUUGGCUGGAGAGCAGGGUCUGUCUUCUGUCAGGGUCUCUAAGAGCAGGUCUGCAUCUCCUCCCUGUGACCUGUCCUCCCUCAGCGCUGUCCUGGGCCUGGCUGAUGCUCAGAGGUGUGGCGUGUCCCCAGGCAAGGCCAGGGCACUGGGUUGGGGGGCAGGGAGGUUUCCUGGAGUGAGACCAGCUUUUUUCUUUAUUGUAAUUUAUUUAUUUAUUUGGUUUGUGGGGUAAUUUUUUGGGGGGUGGGGUGGGGGGUGAGUUUCCACCCUUCAGGCCCCUAGAAAUGCUGCCCUGGUGUGUGUGGAUUGAGAGGGGCAGCAUUUCCCAGACUCCAGCUAAAAGUCCACAGCGAGCUCUGCUUACCAUGAGUUAGAACUCCUUAAAAAGGGGCUGAAUUGGGAGGCCUCCCGGUGAACUGUGAGCCUCCUGAACUCUCUGGACUGGUGGGUCACUCGGAGCCACAAAGUGCCCUUCCUCCUUGGGCUGGAGCAGGGUGACCGUCAGCUCGAAUACGGCAGGAAGUCUGCAGGAGGGGAGCCCAGCUUGGGCCAGGGAACAGGGCUGGGGAGCCUAGUGAGAGGCAGGGAGCCUGUUCUUAGGGGAGGCACUCCAUCCCCAGGAAAGAUGAGGGGUAGGGACAGGGUCCCAGCACCUCUGGGUUCUUAUUCCUGGUUCUGGGGUGAGGGAGUGCCCCCCACGUGCUCUUAGGCCACAGUCAUCUCUGCCCUGCUCGCCUUGUCCUGAUAGGCCCUGGGCUGGGGCCAGCUCUCCAGUCUCCCCCAGCCUCCCAGCCCUCUGCCCCCUCAGAUGGCUUUUUACAUCCCUGUGGCCAGGUCCAAGCCCCUCUGCGCCUCAGCUGCACCUCUGUAAAAUGAUUGUCUGGGGAGGGGGAAGACUUGUGUAACUCUUAGUUCUUGGGUGAGGGGCUGUGGAGGGUGGGGUGGGGUCUCUCCCAGCCUUGCAGUGGGUCUUCGAGAAGUCAUAGUUCUGCUACGGGUCUCCCCAGUCUCUGACCCCUGUUGACCCCUUCUGUGGGGGUGGGGGCCCUAUCCAGUCGAAGGAUCCAUUUCAGAGGUAAGUACGGGGGCUGCCUGGCCUGAGGGUUGGGGAGAGGAAGCCACCCACCCACCCAUCCAUCCAUCCAAACAUCCAUCCAUCGUCUGUUAGUGUGGGGUAGUUACUGCCGCCUUUGUGAACUUGGGUCGCUGUGAUUGUGAAUAAAGGUGAUUUGUACCAGC